AAGUAUCUCGCCACCUCAACUAGCUAUAUAAAGCCCAUCAAUACUCUUCAAGCAUAAGUCACUAACAACUCAACUAUUUUAUAAAUAAUCAUUCACUUCGAUCGCUUUUGAAUAAUGCAAAUUAUGUUACCAUCAUCCUCAAAUUUUCUCUCUUCUGUUUAUGCUGUUGAAUCAUCACUAGUGACCACAGUAACUACUAGUGUGGUAGUAGCGUUGCUAGUGGUGUUAUUUCAAUGGCGGUUGCACCGGAAAAAGCAUAAACGGAAGCUACCUCCCGGUUCCAUGGGUUGGCCUUACAUAGGAGAGACACUCCGCCUCUACACAGAGAAUCCCAAUUCCUUCUUCGCCACCCGCCAAAACAAAUACGGAGACAUAUUCAAGACGCACAUAUUGGGAUGUCCAUGUGUGAUGAUAAGCAGUCCAGAGGCGGCUCGAAUGGUAUUAGUAAGCAAAGCACAUAUGUUCAAGCCAACUUAUCCUACUAGCAAAGAGCGUAUGAUUGGACCAGAGGCUCUCUUCUUCCACCAAGGUCCUUACCAUUCCACACUUAAGCGGCUCGUUCAAUCUUCUUUCAUGCCUUCUGCUCUCCGACCAACCGUCUCUCACAUCGAGCUCCUCGUCUUACAAAUCCUCUCUUCAUGGACAUCCCAAAAGUCCAUCAACACCCUUGAACACAUGAAACGAUAUGCAUUCGAUGUGGCGAUCAUGUCAGCGUUUGGGGAUAAAGAGGAGGCCACUGAAAUUGGAUCUAUUAAGCUUCUCUAUCAAAGUCUCGAAAAGGGGUACAACUCCAUGCCUCUCGACCUACCUGGCACACUUUUUCAUAAAUCCAUGAAGGCAAGGAGGGAAUUAAGCGAGGAACUAAGGAGACUGAUAGAAAAGAGAAGAGAAAGUAGGAGACAAGGAGGAGGACUAUUGGGAGUACUUCUAGGCGCCAAGGAUCAGAAACACAACGGUUUAAGCGAUUCACAGAUCGCUGACAACAUCAUUGGCGUUAUCUUUGCCGCCACUGACACCACCGCUUCUGUCUUAACUUGGCUUCUCAAGUACUUACACGACCACCCAAAUCUCCUCCAAGAAGUCUCAAUGGAACAAGUCUGCAUUCGACAGAAAAUAAAGGAAGAAAACAGAAGAAUCUCGUGGGAGGAUACGAGAAAAAUGCCACUGACCACAAGGGUGAUUCAAGAGACACUAAGAGCAGCAAGUGUAUUGUCAUUUACGUUUAGAGAAGCUGUACAAGACGUCGAAUAUGAUGGCUACUUGAUCCCAAAAGGUUGGAAGGUUCUUCCUCUUUUCCGACGGAUCCACCACUCUUCUGAUUUUUUCCCUGAACCCGAAAAAUUUGAUCCAUCAAGAUUCGAGGUGGCACCGAAACCUUACACGUUCAUGCCAUUUGGGAAUGGCGUGCACUCAUGCCCGGGAAGUGAGCUGGCUAAACUUGAGAUGAUUAUCCUACUUCACCACCUCACUACCUCUUUCAGAUGGGAAGUGGAAGGAGGCGAGGAAGGGAUACAAUAUGGUCCUUUCCCUGUACCCAAGAAGGGUUUACCCAUAAGAGUGACUCCAUUUAAGCCUAAGGCAUAAUUGGAGUUUUAAUUUCUAUUAAUCUAAUAUCCCAUGCUUUAGAUGUUCUACAAGUAGAUAAUUUUUUCUCUUUUAAUGUUUACAUCUAUCACAUUUUGGUGAGAAUCCAAUGCCCCCAAAACUCAAGGGUAAAUUUGGCCUCCAAUUUGGCCCGUUUUCUUUUGUAAAUGAAUUAUUCCCCACUUAUGUAAAGUUGCAUUUCAAUGAAAAUUUCUUUUGAUUG